AUGGUGCUGCUGGCGGACGGCGGCGGCGAGAAGGAUUGCGCCUUCGAAACCUGCGAGCAGGUCUUGCACGGCGCAGGGCGUUCCAUCGCCCUGGGCCGCAAGGCCAUUUCUGAGGAGGUGCGGCGCGCUCUGGCCCAGGAGCAGCCCGCCUUGGCGAAGCGAUGGUCGGCGCUUCGAGCGGGCCGGCGCUGGGCAGCCCACCCGGACUCCUGCCUGCUCUCCGAGGUUGCCGCGGUGCUGGGCACGACUGCGAGGCCCUGGUCGAGGGCGCGCACGGCAACAACGACGAGGAGCGAUUCGUCCUGUACCUGGUCGUCUUCUGAGGUGCCCAAGGAGUGCGUUGCGACGGAUUCCGAGGACGAGAAGGAGGCGAGGAAGUCCCUGGAGGCUCAGAAAAAGGAGUUGGAGGAACAGGUCACCCAGAAACGGGUGGUGCAGCAGGAUGGGGUGUCAGUGGAGCAUUGUUUCGUUGUCGGCCGGACCUGCACGGACUCCGAUGUGCCGACGGAGAUGGGACCGACCUCUGAGGUCUGA